GUCUGUUUACGUUGCCGUGACGGCUGUGACGGCCGUGACUGAACUCGUUGCCGGCAUUAUGAACGAUGGUGUCUGUUUGGUAGGGUAGAUUAGUAGCGUUUUCGUUGUGAUUUUAGCUGAAACGGUUGUCUUGCUUUAAAAAUUUGCGAGAAGUAAUUCACAGAUAAUAAACUUCUAUACUUAAUACAUUUUUGCAUCCCGAAGAUAUAAGACCACAAAACGCAAAAAUGGAUUUUCUGGGACUGGGUUUUGGCGAUGUGAAGAGGAUGAAUAAGCGUCAGCUCUACUACCAGGUUCUGAACUUUGGUAUGAUAGUCAGCUCCGCACUGAUGAUCUGGAAGGGCUUGAUGGUUGUCACUGGCAGUGAGAGCCCCAUUGUGGUGGUACUAAGUGGAAGCAUGGAGCCUGCCUUUUACCGCGGGGACCUGCUGUUCCUCACUAACUACCAGGAGGAGCCGAUCCGCGCCGGAGAGAUCGUCGUCUUCAAGGUGGAGGGCCGCGACAUUCCCAUCGUCCAUAGAGUCCUCAAAUUACAUGAAAGAGAGAACGGCACUGUCAAAUUCCUCACUAAGGGCGACAACAACAGUGUGGACGACCGCGGCCUGUAUGCGCCCGGUCAGCUGUGGCUCACCAAACGGGACGUGGUGGGCCGAGCGCGCGGCUUCGUCCCCUACAUCGGCGUCGUCACUAUCCUCAUGAACGACUAUCCAAAGCUAAAGUACGCCGUGCUCGCCUGUCUCGGUCUAUUUGUGCUCAUCCAUCGAGAGUGAGCGACGCCCGCCGGACGGGAGGUGACGUCACACUGCCCGGCUAUGACGUCACGGUGACGUCAGCCGAGGCGGCGCGGUGCUGGGGUCGGGUGGGGACUGCGGUGAACAGCGAUCCCAGAACAGUUCUUUGAUGGUGGCACCAGUGCGCGCUCGCCACGUACAUUUUUCGAGAGAGAUGACUAUUCUCUCCGGUUGUGCAUUUAGAAUGUUGCGGGCUCUCAGACUCUGGUGCGCGGUUUUGCGGGGUGCACGCGUCUCUUUGGCCUGUAUUUGUGUUAACCCAGAAAGACACAAGAUGUGUGGACUUGA